AUGAAUCACAUCUUACAACCCCUGCUGGACGAGUGCGUGGUGGUGUACCUGGACGACAUUCUUAUCUACUCCAAGAACAUGAAGGAGCACGUGGAGCAUCUACGGAAGGUGUUCGAGAUCCUGCGGAAAAACAAGUUCUACGUGAAGCUGUCGAAGAGCGACUUCGCCCUGAAGAAGGUGCAGUUUCUCAGGCACAUGGUGAGUGCCGAGGGCGUACACGUGGACCCGCGGAAAAUCGAAGCCGUCAAGAAAUGGAAAGUACCGGAGAACGUGAAGGAGUUGCAGCAGUUCCUAGGCUUCACCAACUACUACAACAGGUUCGUGCCACAGUACGCUAAGAUAGCAGUGCCACUGACCGACCUACUGAAAAAGGAUACGCCCUACAAAUGGGAUACGCCUCAUCAGCAAGCCAUGGAGCAGCUACACACAGCACUGACUACAGCGCCAGUACUCAUCCUACCAGAUCAAGACAAGGACUACGUGGUGGAUGAAGACGCUAGUGACCAAGCAUUCGGAGCAGUAUUGAUGCACGAUCACGGACGCGGUUUGCAGCCCAUCGCCUACCUCAGUAAGAAGCUACAUGGAGCAGAACUGAACUACCCCAUCCAUGACAAGGAAGCCUUAGCGAUCGUCAUAGCCUUCAAGGCGUGGAGGUGUUACCUAGAGGGAGCCAAGACGACUGUCUAUACUGACCACUGUAGUCUCAAAUACCUGAAGUCGCAGCCGACGCUCUCACGACGACAGGUGCGGUUGGUAGACUUCCUGGAAACUCACUUCCACUACGACAUCGUCUACAAGCCCGGGCUACACAACAAGGCAGACGCGUUGAGCCGCCCCGGACAUGUAGCAGGCAUCCAGCUCGACGGGAUGAACCCUCUGCUCAAGGGUCUAUUCCAACAUGGGUACUCCGUGGACGCAGAAAUUGCUACAGCACAGACCAAGAAGCUGUUACAGUGGGAGAAAGACCUAGCUGUGACACCAGUUACAUUCCGCUUGCGCUUACCAGAUAUAUGGAAGCUUCAAAACGCUUUCCAUGUCCAGCUACUGAAGCCCUACAAGGACCCCAACCAACAGUUCCAGGGACGGCAGCUACCGCCACCACCACCUGUUCUCAUACAGGAUGAACCCGAGUACGAAGUGGAGCGUGUUCUCACUCAUCGGCGCCGCGGCGGCAAGACCCUCGAGUUCCUGAUACGCUGGAAGGGAUACGACCCCACUGAGGACAAUUGGGUUGCAGAAGCUGAUAUGGGCAACGCACGCCGUGCUCUCAAGGACUAUCUUGUCAAGCAGGGUGUUUCUCAUGCCACCCAGCUUUGA